AUUUGGUCCCUCCCUUUCAAAGUCGCCCGCAUCAGUCCCUUCUCAGGCUCUCCCAGAAAAUAGCAUCAAGUCACUCAGUCAGUAAGCACUGCUUCUCAUUCCUUCUUUGGGGAAUUUCUAGAAUUACUCAAGUCAAAGGCUUUGAGGAUGUCUCGGCGCAGUGAGCGCCUGCGCCUCCGUUACCAGGCACUUGGUGAUGGAGGCAACAGCAGCAGCAGCAGAAGCAGCAGCAGCAGUGGAGGGAAUUCCCAGGUGGCUGAGCAGCACACCAACUGGAGGGAGGGUCCCUUCAGGACUCUGAGGAGGAAGUCCAGUAGGGUCAAAGGCUUCUCACCAGGCCUCUCACCAGCCCCUCAUCUGGCCCUGUACACCUGUAACACCCCUGAAUCCUCCUCAGGGUACUUCUCCGAGGAUGACUCUGCAGGGCACUCCGUUAUCCACCAGCCUGGCUCUGCAUCCACCUCCAAUAAUGGUGCCUCCCAAGUUGGCAUCUUUAACUGGAUGGCAAUAUACAUUUCAGGUUGGCUCUUUGCAGCAUUCCAGUGGUGCCUGGGAAAUGCCUGGCACUGCCUGACCACAGCUGCCUCCCUCCAGGAUUUCUUUCUGUUAAUCAGGAGCUUUUUCACUCGGAAGAAGUUGCUCCUCUUUGUCUUGGGGAUGCUGUUCUUUGUGGCUUCGCUGGCUUAUGGUGCUUGGUGUUUCUACCCCUAUGGACUACAGACCUUCCACCCUGCUAUGCUCUCCUGGUGGGCAGCCCGUGGUAGCAGCAGGAGAGAGGACAGGUGGGAAUCAGCACAGUCCCCCUCAUAUUUCCAGGAGCUGGAAAGUGAGGUUGUGCAGAAGACAUCUGAAUGGCACAGUUCUUCCCAAGAAGCCUUUGAGGAGAAAAGGCCAAAGGGGAUGGAUUCCCUAGAGGCCCAGCUGGUUGGCCUGAGGCAGGAGGUGGUGGCCUUGAGCCAGAGCCAGGCUGAGGUGGAAAAAGAAUUACACCUUUGGCCAGAGAAGAUGGCGGCCCUGCGCAACGAGAUGGAGUCUCAGGUCCCAGCCUGGAUGCAGAAAUACCAUCUCGGAGACCAGGGCACUCAGGCUGGGCUUGUACAGCUCGUGCAGGCCCAGCUUCACGACCUGGAGCAAACACUGCUGAACCAUGUGGCAGAGGAGCAGGACAAGUCUGUCAACAAAAUUGCUACUGACUUGAGGCUGACCCUUCUAAAGGAAGGAGUGACCACCGGGGUGACCAAGGAGGAAGUGCAUGAGAUGGUGCAGCAGGCCCUGAAACUGUAUAGUGAAGAUCGAAUCGGGCAGGUGGAUUACGCCCUGGAGUCCUCAGGGGCCAGCAUCCUCAGUAGCCGCAGCUCAGAAACCUAUGGCACCAGGAUGGCCAUUGUCAGUCUGUUUGGCAUCACCUUGUGGUACCGUAUCCAGAACCAAAGAGCCAUCCUCCAGCCAAAUGUCUACCCUGGCAACUGCUGGGCAUUCCGGGGCCCCCAGGGCUUUGUUGGGGUUCGCUUGUCUGCCCUCAUCCACCUUACCGCUGUCACUCUGGAGCACGUGCCCAAAGCCCUGUCCCCAGACAGCGACAUCACCAGUGCCCCCAAGGACUUUGUCAUCUUGGGUCUCAAUGAAGAUUCCCAGGUGGAGGGGGUGGCCCUGGGUCAGUUCACCUAUGAGAAUGCUGGGGAGGCCAUUCAGACCUUCCCCUUUCAGGGCAACGGCACAGCUCCAUACCAACUGGUAGAGCUUCGAGUAUUGAGUAACUGGGGUCACCCGGACUAUACCUGCAUUUACCGUUUCCGGGUCCAUGGCAAGCCUGCCAAUUAGCACCUCCCUCCGGGAUCCCUUCACCCUUUCCUCCUUCCACCACCAGCAAGCAGCUCCCCCACCUCCUCCUGCCUCCCCCACGCUCAAUCCCUUCUGCCCACUAAGACACCUGGGAGACAGACAAAAGGGGGGAGCCCACCUCCGUGGAGCCAUCUUGUCCCACCCAGGCCUCUCUGAUAUGGACUAGACCACCAGCUGAGCAAUUUCUCUUUCAAUCCCCAUCAUCUGCAGGGGCUGCUUCCUGCCAGGCCCUGUCCACUUCCAAGAGGUGUAGAAAUAGCUCUGGAUUAUAUGUUGGUGGUGCGGUAGGGAUUAAUGAAGGCCUUGCUAUGCUCAGCAGCAGUGCCACAGAAACAUAGCUUACACCACCUUGGCUCUAGGGCAAUGACAAAUUGGACAGCUGCAAAGGGCAAACUGGUAGCUAGUCUGACAUGGGCACACUCCAGCAGGUGGCUAAUGCCGCUCUCCAGAGGAACUUGCAUGGUUCUCUUCACCACUGGCCACGAUGGGUGCAGUCUUUGAAAUCGGAAGUACCUGGGAAUGACCACACGUGAGGGCUUUUGAUUCUGACAAAGCCAACAGCCUGGAUUUGAGGGACGUUCUGCCCCCAAGGUCAUGUGGAGUGGCAUUUAGAAACUGCAUGGCAGCUGGGGGUGUAGCCAUGGCUUGGUGGUCCCUUGUACCUCCUGGGGCUUCAUUUCGAGAGGACUGGAAGGUUUCAGGUGUGUGGGAAAGGCAGUAUUAUUAGACAGAGAAUUACUGAUGGAUUAGAGAAUGCUGAAAGGGAGGUGGGCUCAGAGCGCAGCCAGGAGCCAUGGGGAGAGGGCCUUCCCUUAUGCUGCUGGUACCAAGUUUCUCCUGCCUGCCCUCAUGUGUCCAGAGACCCUACUUCUCCACUCUAGCCAUGGCUUCAUCCACCUCCUGACCUGGACUUCAGUCACUGUGCUGUCUCCUUUGGGACCAUCAGCUAAUGUGCUUGUGACUAUGCUGAGCAGGAGACUGGCCGGGAUCCUGUUGAGAUUGGCCCUUGCCUUGCCCUGUCUAGGGCUGGUGUUGAGCUGAUGCUGCCCUGUAUCCCUGGGGCAGACGUGACAUGGCCCAGGUGCCUCUGCGGGGAAACAGGCCAUUGGAGACUCAUCAGGCUCUUGCUCUGCACUUGGAUUCUAGUUCCUUUUGGGACAUGUUAUCACAUGGGCAGGUGUUAAGUUGAUUGGGAUAGGG